CUUGGACUGAAGUGAACGUUGAAUGAACGUGUAUACAAAAGGCAUAAAUAUAUUUAGGUAUAUAUGUGUUUGUGUGAAAUAGACCACAUAUGUAGGAGAGUGUUAGAGGAGCCAAGUCCCGGAAUAAUGUUUUGUGUUUGAAACCGUCUUUAUCUUGUAAAGUUAUAUUUUAUAAUACGAUGGCGUCGAAGGCACAUGUUAAUAAUACAGUUAAUGAACGUCGUUUACGACCAAUUUAUGACUGGCUUGACAAUGGGAACAAUAAAAAAGCGCUUCAAGAAGCUGAUAAAGUUCUAAAGAAACAACCAGAAAAUCAGUGUGCGAGAGUAUUAAAAGCUUUGGCUUUAUUACGAUUAGGCAAAGAAGAUAAAUGUCAGGUUAUCAUGGAUAAAGUACGUUCGGAAGUACCAUGUGAUGAUUCAACACUCCAAGCAAUGAGCAUUUGUUAUAAAGAAAUUCAUCAACCUGAUAAAAUACGAGAAGUUUACGAAGCAGCAGCAAAAGCUGAUCCAAAUAAUGAGGAAUUAUUGACACAUUUAUUUAUGUCAUACGUACGAUUAGGAGAUUUUAAAAAACAACAACAAACAGCACUUGCUUUAUAUAAAUUGAAACCGAAAAAUCCUUAUUACUUUUGGGCUGUUAUGAGCGUUGUCAUGCAGGCCAUACAAGCUGAGGAUGCAUUAGCCAAAAAUAUAAUAUUACCUCUUGCUGAGAGAAUGGUUUUAAAGUUAGUCAAUGAAGGUAAAUUAGAAGCUGAACAAGAAGUUCAGCUUUACAUUAUGAUACUAGAACUUCAAGGAAAAAAUGAACAAGUUCUAGAGGUUUUAUCUGGACCAUUAGCUGCUCGACUCUCUGGUGUACCACAACGUAAAGCUGCUCUACUAUUACAAUUACAACGAUACGAAGAAGCGACAACAGCUUUUAAAGAAUUAAUAAAUGAAGAUAAUGAUAACUGGUCACAUUAUUUAAGUUAUUUGACUGCAGCAUUAGAGCAUCAGCAACCCAGUGAAUGUUUAGAAUUUUUAGAUAGUAUAGCAGAGACUUGUGGAAAAAAAGCCCGAGCUCCACAUUUAGCACGUUUUGAAUUAUUGAAACGUGUUGGAUCAAGUAAUGUUGCUUUACGUGCUAUUAUGGAACCUGUUAAAUUGAUGCGAUUGUACUUUGAACAAUUUGGUAACAAAGGCUGUACAGUUGGGGAUUUGAGAUUAUAUUUAAAUUUAUUAACUUUUGAAGAACAAUCUCAGCUACUUGAAAGUAUAAAUGAAGAUAUUGGGAUUGCUGAAGAUUCAUCAGCAACAAAAACAGAUCAAAUGUUAAGACAUAUUCAUUAUGAACAAUUACGUCGUGCUUGUGGUAUGCAUCAUUCACCCAUUUUGGACAUAGAAAAACGUCAAAAAUUAGUUAACCGUUUACGUGAUCUCUAUGAAAAGGGUAAUGAAUUAUGUAAAAAUGAUGAAAGAUUACCAACUGAUUUUGCUCCAUUUGAUUCUUAUGCUGUUCUUGCUGCACAUUUAUUAUUACAAAUGUGGUAUGAAUCCUAUGAAGCUUCCCAUCUUUACAAAGCAAUGGCUUUGUUGGAACGAGCUUUGUCAAUAAGUGUAGCUAAUUUUCAUUUGAAAAUAGUUUUAAUACGAGUUUAUUUAGAAGCUGGUUUAAUAGGUGCUGCAGAUCAUGUUUUUUCUUUACUAGAUGCAAAACAGAUUCAAUUAGUUUCUUUAAGCUAUUUGUAUGUUCCACUUUUGGCGCCACUUGGACACUUAUCUAGUGCUUCAAAUGCCCUUGAUCAGGCAGUUAAAUUUUUUGUGGCUAAUUAUAAACAUAGCGCAGAUCGUUUAACUUUCGCUUAUAAAUAUGGAAGUUUUGCUAAAAUUCAAGAAUUCGUUGAUUUAAGAGAAAGACUUGAUAAUUCUUUACAUUUUGCAACGUCAACUGUUGAUAAAAUGUUGUUGGAACUUAGCUGGUGUGAAGGCGCUAAGUCAUUAGCAAGAGCAUUAGUUUCAAUGAGAGUACAACCACAUGAAGAUUCAAUAAGAUGGGAAUUACUGCGUGACAACAGAGAUCUUGAAGUAGUAGUUGGUUGGGAACCAUCAACUGAUGAUAAAGAUCCUCGUAGACAUGAAGAAACACGUGCCUGUAUGUUUCAGUUACUUGCCGCCCGUAAUCUUAUUUUAAGAAUAAUUGCUGCUACUGCUGAAGAACAAGAUUUAUCAUCACUUUUAUCGAAAUUAUCACAGGAACUUGAAACUCUAAAUAAUGAACGUAUACCAAAGUCUCUUGAAAAAUUUUUAACAGCAGACAAACGAGUUAGAGUUGAAAGUAUAUUAGUACCAAUGGAUGCAGUUGAACGAUUACGUGAAUCAUAUGAUUCUCAACAAUUAAUUGUCAUUGCAAGACUUGCUGAUUCAUUUUCUAAAUUUUCACGACCAGAUUCAAAAUGUAUUGAAAUAAUACGUAAUGCUCAUUGUUUGAAAACUUUACCAAUACCAACUACUGAUGAACCUGUAUCUUAUAAAGAUUUUUUACUGCGUGCUGCUACUUGCGGUGAAACUUUAUCAUUUAUUGGUAUUAUGUGUGCGUCUUUUAUAAAUCAAGCUCAUCCCGAAAUUGGCAAUAAAAAAAAUCGGAAAAAAUCUAAUAAAGAUGUUGAAUCAUUUACAGCUGAUGAUAUUGAGUGUUGGACAGAAAUAAGUGAUUUACUUAUGAAAAGAACAGAAAAAUUAGAAAAUGUUUUAUCUGAAUUUGAAAAACGUUCAGUAAACACAGGUCUUGAUGUUAAAGAAGAUGCUGCUGUUAUUGUAGCAGAACGUGUUCAAGAAAGCAUUCAUCGAAGUUGUUGGAUGCUUAGAUCACGGCUUCAGCUUACAACAAAAUUAUUAAAUAAUUUUCGUAGCUGA